AUGCCCGAGGCACAGUUGAACUGGGGCGGGGGUUCAACAGGGUCCAACUGCGGAUCAACACCGCUGUGGGGCCUUUUGGCAGGGGUUGAUUGGCUUGCGGAGAAAGUUGUGGCAGCUUGGCGAUGUACACUCCUCAACCCUCCAGAAAAUCCGGGGACUCGCCCUUUUAACCUCUUCAACCCCCGCCACAGCUACUCUGAUAUCAUGACAAGGGACAACAAAAGGCCUCGCUACGACGAGGACGCGAAUGGCGAUGAUGCCCGCUUGAGUUCCGCUGCUGAAGGCUUUUUUGAAGCUCUCUCUGAGGCUGGAGUUACCCAUUGCUUUGUCAAUCUGGGGAGUGACCACCCUGCCAUGCUAGAGGCCAUGAUCAAAGCGAAACAAGAAAACUCAACCACGUUUCCCAACAUCAUCACUUGCCCUUCGGAAUUGGUUGCUCUCUCCGCGGCCCUUGGCUAUGCCCAGGUCACUGGGAUUCCCCAAUGUGUUCUUGUUCAUGUUGACUGCGGCACCCUAGCAUUGGGUCAAUCCAUCCACAAUGCCUCGGUCGGCCGAGUCCCAGUUCUCUGCUUUGCGGGUCUCAGCCCUUUCACCCAAAGAGGUGAACUGAUGGGCUCAAGAACAGAGUUCAUCCAUUGGCUGCAAGAUGUGCCUGACCAGGCGGCAAUUCUCCGUCAAUAUUGCCGGUAUUCCGCGGAAAUCAAGACAGGGCGCAAUAUCAAGGAGAUGGUCAACAGAGCCUUGCAAUUUUCCAUGUCGGAUCCCAAGGGCCCAACAUAUCUUAUGGCUGCUCGAGAAGUUUUAGAAGAAAAAGUGGACCGGAAGUAUCUCGAAGCAGAAACCCUGACACCUGUUGUGCCUAGUGCCCUGCCCGAGUCAGAGGUCGAAUUGAUUGCGACAACUCUGAUGAGCGCAAAGCGACCGCUUGUUAUCACUACUUAUCUUGGUCGAAACCGCAACGCCCCUCCUCUGUUGGAAGAACUUUGCGACAAGCUACCGAUUGGUGUGGUCGAGAUGGUUGGGUCCGACGUUUGCAUCAGAAACGACCAUGAAGCCUAUCUGGGCGUGACUGUUACCACGCACCCAGCAGUUCUCGAGGCCGAUGUAAUCCUAAUUUUGGAUUGCGAUGUGCCAUGGAUUCCUACCGCGGGUAAACCCCAAAGAGGAACCAAGAUAUUCCACCUCGACGUUGAUCCACUCAAGCAGCAAAUGCCAUUGUUCUCCAUCAACGCUAUCCGCCGGAUCAAAGUCAGCUGCGAGCUUGCCCUCAGACAGCUCAAUGCCUUCUUAGAUCAACAGAACCUCAACAAAGCAGACUAUGCCGUGCAGUUCGAGGCUCGCGCAACACGCUACACAAAAUGGCGAGAGGAGCUUCGCAGCUUGCAAUACCCGCCCGAGGAUGGUGUGAUUAGCGUGCCGUAUCUUACAUCUCGUCUACGACAGCAUGUUCCCCAAGAUACAACUUUUGUCAUGGAGGCCGUCACCAAUGCCGGACUACUGAUACAUCACCUUAACUUGGUGAAGCCGGGAAGUCUCGUUGGCAGUGGAGCUGGUGGUCUCGGUUGGGGUGGUGGUGCCACUCUGGGAGUGAAACUGGCCCAGCCCAAUUCUUUCGUCUGUGGAAUCGUUGGAGACGGGACGUAUCUCUUCUCGCAGAUGGAGAGUGUCUACUGGAUCGCCAGACGCUAUGAUAUUCCUUUCCUACUGAUCGUCUUGAAUAACGGGGGCUGGAACGCACCGAAAGUGUCGGCUCUUCUAGUUCACAAUAAUGGAUUGGCAUCAAAGUCCAACAGGAAAGAUCUCAAUAUCUCCUUUGAACCAUCGCCUGAUUAUCCAGGCAUUGCCACGGCUGCUGGUAACGCCUGGGGCGCUACGGUCAAGGUGCAAAGCGAGUUGGAUCAAGCCUUGCAAGAGGGAACCAGGAUUGUCCAAGAGGGUAGAUGUGCUGUCAUUGAGGUUGCGGUUCCUUCGAUUUGGAAAGAGACAUGA